AAUUCAGUGUGCUUUCAAAGCUUGAACAGUUAACUUCAACACAUAAUUCGAUAUGAUUUUCGCAUAGAAAAUUCCGGUUCAGUAAUUAUUAAUAGAUAUUCAUACAUAUUAAAAUGACGAAAAAAAUAACAAGUGCAAAAACACAAUACAUUGGAACUUUUUGUGCAACUUUAGUUGUAAUGGGAUAUGGCGCUACUUGCGGAUGGCCUUCACCGACUUUUCCGCUUUUAGAAUCCGAAGAACGAACUCCAUUUGCUGAUGGUGCACUGAACAUCGAUCAAAUAUCAUGGAUUGGUUCGCUUAUUUGUCCGGGCGGAUUAUUGGGAACACUUUUGGGCGGUUGGAUGUGCGAUAAAUUUGGGAGAAAAUUUUCUACAUGUGUCGUUGCACUUCCACAAAUUGCAAGUUGGGUCUUUAUUAUAUUUGCUGAUGGCGUUGUUCAUUUGUACAUUUCGCGCUUUCUUGGAGGUCUUGCAGGAGGAAUUGCUUUUGUCGCUGUACCGAUUUUCAUUGCGGAAAUUGCUGAAACUGAAAUUCGAGGUUUUCUUGGGUCAAUGCUUGUUUUCGCCGCAAAUUUCGGAAUAUUUUUUGCAUACAUCGCAGGAGCUUUUUUAGACUUUUACAGCGUACCCUUGGUUUUUCUUGUUUUGCCAAUUGCCCUUUUAGCGGGUUUUAUAUAUUUACCUGAGACACCAUCUUAUCUUGCUACUCAUGGAAGAUAUAUGGAUGCUGAAGAAUCUCUUCGAUUUUACAGAUGUUUGCCAAGAGGAAACAAUGAGUGCGAGUCUUUCACUAAAGAACUUGCUGCUCUAAAAAACUGUGAUGUACAAAGUGCGAACAACAAGAUAUUAAAGGAAAAAAUACAGAUCACUGAUUUUGCAUCGCGUCAUGCAAAACGAGCAGUUUUAAUUGGAGUUGUAUUAGUUGUCCUAAAUCAAUUUUGUGGCUGUUUCGCUAUGUUAAAUUACACUGCGUCAAUAUUCGAAAAAGCUGGAUCGACGUUAUCGCCAAAUAUAUCAGCAAUUAUUGUUGGAUUCAUACAAAUAGUUGGAAGUUUCUUUUCGACAAUUUUAGUUGAUCGUGCAGGACGUAAAUUUUGCAUCGCUAUUUCCGCCGGAGGAACUUGUAUUGGUUUAGCCAUUCUCGGAACUUACACAUAUUUGGAUAUGAUUGGGAUUGACACCUCUAAGUUUUUGUGGAUUCCACUUGUUUCCUUUUCAUUUGUAAUUUUUAUUGCAUCUUGGGGAGUUCUUACACUUCCGUUUUUAGUAUUAUCGGAAAUUAUGCCCGAAAAGAUCAAAGCUUUUACAACUACCCUUUGUAUGUCAAUUCUAUGGAUAUGCGCUUUUAUCGCUAUUAAAUCACUGCCAACAUUAAUUCAAUAUCUCGAAAUGUAUGGUACGAUGUUUCUAUUCUCAACUUUUAGUUUGAUCGGUACUAUUUUGGUACUUUUAUUACAACCGGAAACAAAAGGAAAAACUUUUUCUGAAAUCAGUAAAAUUCUUGGAAAAUGAUGACAUUUGUUUUGUUUUAUCCAAAUUGAAUAAAAUUAUUACGUUUACCUA